AUACAUUUGCUCCCACACGAGGGCUGUCAUACGAAAUUACGUUCUCAGCCAAUUUUAACGACGUGUGCUUUAACUAGCCGUUUUCCUGCUGCAUCUUCUAUAGUCUCCCUUAAUUUCGUCGGAAUCAAGUUGUGGAGGACAGCACCUUGACUUGAGAUCUGCUCGCUCGGAUCGCCGUUAACGGCUUUCUUUCUCCGCCUUCAUAACCAUCAGACACAAAGAUGGGGCUGUCUUUCACCAAGCUUUUUAGUCGGCUCUUUGCCAAGAAAGAGAUGCGCAUUCUUAUGGUGGGUCUUGAUGCUGCGGGUAAGACCACCAUUUUGUACAAGCUCAAGUUGGGAGAGAUUGUCACAACAAUUCCAACCAUUGGGUUUAAUGUGGAGACUGUGGAAUAUAAGAACAUUAGCUUCACUGUUUGGGAUGUAGGUGGUCAGGACAAGAUCCGUCCCUUGUGGAGACAUUACUUCCAAAACACACAAGGUCUUAUCUUUGUCGUAGACAGCAAUGAUCGAGAUCGUGUUGUUGAGGCUAGGGAUGAGCUUCACAGGAUGUUGAAUGAGGAUGAAUUGAGGGACGCUGUUUUGCUUGUAUUUGCAAAUAAGCAAGAUCUUCCAAAUGCAAUGAAUGCUGCUGAGAUUACUGAUAAACUUGGCCUUCAUUCCCUCCGUCAACGCCACUGGUAUAUCCAGAGCACAUGCGCCACUUCCGGAGAAGGUUUGUACGAAGGACUGGACUGGCUCUCCAACAACAUUGCUAACAAGGCAUAGAUGGCGUUUUCUUUUAUGAUGGUUUUUGAGCUGCAAUCAGUGUCAGAGUUGGAGAUACUAUUUGUUGUCCCUUUACUCCAUUUUUUUUACCCAUAUUUCUUUUUUAUCUUUUUGUGAGAACAGAGCUAUUGUUACUUGUUAUCCCAUAAUAUGUUCAUUUUGUUUAUGAUUAUAGAUACUGAAAUUUCUUUCUCUUAGAUGCGCAGUAUAAUUCAGAAAAGUUCUCUUA